CAACUAGUUGCUUGUUGGUUGCACAUAUUAUGAGAGUGUAAUAUCGAGCCGCCAUCUUUUGUUAGCUCAUGCAUCUUCCUUUCGUCGCAAGUGAAGGUAACGCAACUCAAAUGUUUGCGGUCUGUUUUCACUGACACAGAGCUAGAUCGCAAAAGGUGCAGCAGCAAGCUGGUCAGAAAGAUGUUCACGGGUCUUGUCGAGCUGCUUUGCCCUGUCAUCGCCAUCAAUGAGCUGGAUGCUUCCAAAUCUGGAGGGUCAGGAUUCAGCAUCACGAUCGGAGUAGCUGGUGGAAUCUUGAACGAUUGCAACAUUGGGGACAGUAUCGCAGUGAACGGCGCCUGUCUAACUGUCACAGAGUUCGACAAGGAGCAAGAUGGAGGAUACUUCAAAGUUGGUGCAGCGCCCGAGACAUUACAGAAGACGAAUUUGGGAAAGCUCAACAUUGGCGACAAGGUCAACUGCGAGCGGGCAAUGGCUGCGCACACGCGAUUUGGAGGGCACUUCGUACAGGGACACGUGGACACCACGGCUACCCUUCUCUCCAUCGUACCGACGGGCAACGCGUUAACCCUCACUCUGCGACUCGACAAUGCGCCAGGCAGGCUUCCCUCGCCAUCAUCACUUUCGCCAUACCUCAUUCCGAAAGGCUACGUCACCCUGGAUGGAGCGUCGCUGACCCUCAUCGACGUUUCAUCUGCCAGUGGCGGGCCACUUAAUGCGCAAAAGCGCAAGGUCUCAGAAGAGCAGGCAGCACAAGACAUGAAGUCUUUUACCGCAUCAUCGCAGCGAGAAGUGGUAGAGUUCACCGUAAUGCUCAUUGCGCAUACACAGGAGAUCAUUGGUCUUCCAUUGAAGAAGCCAGGCGAUACGGUCAACAUUGAGCUCGACAUGGUCGGAAAAUAUGUACAUCGCGCCGUGCUGGGUUCCAUGUCUGAUGGAUCAGAGACUUCACAAGCUUCGGAGCCGGCCCAAGCGCACCAAGUGGAUGCAGGCCGAGUACAGGAUGGAGCGCAACAGGAUGCGCUGGAGCGCAUGAUCGAGCGUGUGGUACGAAGGGUGCUUGCUGAAGACAGCGAGCGGUGACCCGUGUUCAUGUAAAUAGCGCUUACCCCAGUAUUUCACCGCGGUCAUUGCAAACACCC